GUUACAUCUCAAGUGUACCUUUGGACUUCAGUACAUUGAGUCCCAUUGUCCGGGUGCUCGUGUAUAUGAGGCCUUGUUCCCGACGUUGGUCCACUGCAACAACCCGAGCUCCUUCUUGCUUGCUGCAGCCAGAGAACUUCCUUCUAUACUUUCUGAAGCUGUUCACGCCGCUUGUGCCCUCUUCUCGGAAGAUCGCAAUCGCAAUAAGGAGAUUCUGACCUUCCUCAGAUUAACAGUCCGGCAGCAGCUGUAUGAGUCCUACGACCCACUUUGCAACUUGUGGAUCUCUGC